GGUCCAAGUCUGUGUGGAGUGUGAGACACCCCAGGUGACAGCUCAACUCAAUUCUACAUCGACCAGCACAGACCAAGCGACUGAAGAUGGUUUGGGAAGGUGGAAUUGAGCCUAAUGGCACGGAGGGAAAGAACUUCUACAUCCCUAUGUCCAACAGGACUGGGAUUGUUAGAAGUCCUUUUGAAUAUCCUCAAUAUUAUCUGGCCGAUCCUAUCAUGUUCAAGCUCCUGGCUGUCUACAUGUUCUUCCUCAUCUGCACUGGAACUCCCAUCAACGCUCUCACAUUGUUCGUAACAGCUCAGAACAAGAAGCUCCGGCAACCUCUGAACUACAUCCUGGUCAACCUGGCCGUGGCUGGACUCAUCAUGUGCUCCUUCGGAUUCACCAUCACCAUCACAUCUGCUGUUAAUGGAUACUUCAUUCUUGGAGCAACUGCCUGCGCUGUCGAGGGAUUCAUGGCCACACUUGGAGGUGAAGUUGCUCUCUGGUCCCUGGUCGUCCUGGCUGUUGAGAGAUACAUUGUCGUCUGCAAACCCAUGGGAAGCUUCAAGUUCACUGGCACCCAUGCAGGAGCUGGAGUUGCUUUCACCUGGAUCAUGGCUAUGGCUUGUGCUGCCCCUCCAUUGGCUGGCUGGUCCAGGUACCUUCCUGAGGGCAUGCAGUGCUCAUGUGGACCCGACUACUACACUCUGGCCCCAGGCUUCAACAAUGAGUCAUACGUCAUGUACAUGUUUGUUGUUCACUUCUUCAUCCCUGUCUUCCUCAUCUUCUUCACCUAUGGAAGCCUUGUGCUCACAGUCAAAGCCGCAGCCGCCCAGCAGCAGGACUCUGCUUCUACCCAGAAAGCUGAGAAGGAAGUGACACGCAUGUGCGUCCUGAUGGUCUUUGGCUUCCUGGUAGCUUGGGUGCCAUAUGCCACUUUCGCUGGAUGGAUCUUCCUGAAUAAGGGAGCUGCAUUCACUGCCCUGACUGCUGCUAUCCCUGCCUUCUUUGCCAAGAGCUCUGCUUUGUACAACCCCAUCAUCUAUGUGCUGAUGAACAAACAGUUCCGUAACUGCAUGCUGACCACUAUUGGCAUGGGCGGCAUGGUGGAAGAUGAGUCCUCAGUUUCUACCAGCAAGACAGAAGUCUCCUCUGUCUCUUAAUCAUCAUAACAUGCUCAAACCUGUGGACAUUUUCUUUAAGAAUGGCUUCCAGAUUUUAACACAUCCCAUCAUGAAAGCUUUGCCAAAUGGAUACAAGGAUUUGAAAAAUGGACUGUGGACAAAGCACACAAAGGAACUCAAUUUCAUCUGUUAAUAUGUGUAAACCUCAAAAAUUACAUUGAAAUGCAUUUGCUGUGUAUGUUACCUUGCGCAGUUUUUGUGUGUGUAUGUACAGCAAGCUUGUGUGACUGAGUGAGUGUGACGGAAGUGUGUCUCAAUGUACAGCAUCUGGUGACACUAAAAAACACUGCAUCUCUAAAGUCAAACUGUAAAUUUGUUGAAAUGUGACAACUGUUUCUGCUCAUGUAAGUAUGUGGGGAGCAUUUGUUUUACUGGUCUGCCAGUUGUAUUAUUUUUAUGUAUUUUAUGAAAUGGAAAAAACAUAGAAUGAAGUAGUCAAUAAAUGCAUGCAUUGAAAAA